UUCGGUCACUCGACGUCCCUGGCUCUGAAGCCGGACUUUGUGACGUGAGUGACAUCUCGGGAGUUUGAAAUCGGCGAGUUGAAAGUCAAGAGAAUUCGGAGAUUCUUGGAAAAGACACGGGGAAUCCGAGGUGAAACUGUCGAGCUCCAGUCUGCCGUCACCCGAAUGAAUGCUGCUUCGAAGUUGAACUCUAACAAGCAGGUCCAAAACUUGGGCGCGCGCGCGGGGACCGGGGUCAUGCGCACAACUCCGAGGAGCACCAACUGAAGCUGAGACGCUGAAGCACUUGGUCCGAGCGGCAUGGCGGGGGCCAGGCUGUGCGUGCUCUUGGCGCUGCUGGCGACGCUGGGCAGCGGCGAGCAGAGGUUCGCGAUGGAGCCGCAGGACCAGACGGCCAUCGUGGGCAGCCGAGUGACCCUGCCGUGCCGGGUCAUCAACAAGACGGGCGUGCUGCAGUGGACCAAGGACGACUUCGGCCUGGGCACGCACCGCAACCUGUCGGGCUUCGACCGCUACUCCAUGAUCGGCAGCGACGAGGAGGGCGACUACUCGCUGGACAUCUUCCCCGUGAUGCUGGAGGACGACGCGCGCUACCAGUGCCAGGUGGGGCCCGGCCCGCGCGGAGAGCCAGGCAUCCGCUCCAAGUUCGCCAACCUCACGGUGCUGGUGCCGCCCGAGCCGCCGCGCAUCGUGCAGGGAGACUUCCUGGUCACCACGGAGGACCGCGAGAUCGAGCUGGAGUGCGUGUCCAUGGCGGGCAAGCCCGCUGCCGAGAUAACGUGGAUCGACGGCCUCGGGAACGUGAUGAACGACGGGCUGGAGUACAUAGUGUCCUCGCUGCCCGACGGCCGGCGGUUCAACGCCAAGUCCAUACUGAGGCUGACCCCCAAGAAGGAGCACCACAACACGACCUUCACCUGCCAGGCCCAGAACCAGGCCGACCGCACAUACCGCAGCGCCAAGCUCCGUCUUGAGGUGAAGUACGCGCCCAAGGUCAGCCUGAGCGUGGCGGAGGCCAAGGAGGACCGGCUGGUGGAGGGCCAGGACGUGACGCUGGACUGCCGGGCCGAUGCCAACCCGCAGGAGCUGACGUACCGCUGGUACUUGGACGACGAGCCGGUGCCCGGGGACUACACCACGCGCCUGGUGCUGUCCAACGUGUCGCGCCGGUUCCACGACGCCAUCGUCAAGUGCGAGGUGCACAACCCGGUGGGCAAGAGCGAGGAGUCGGAGACCCUCGACAUCAGCUACGGUCCCCGGUUCCGCGCGAGGCCGCGCAGCCUGCAGGCGGACGCCGGCGACACAGUCACGCUGUCCUGCGACGUGGACGGGAACCCUGCGCCGGAGAUCGAGUGGCGGCAGGACACCACCCACAAGGUGGUCGGCACUGCUGCCAACCUCACGCUGAAGGUGGAGGAGGGCACUGCGGGGCGGUACCUGUGCCGCGCCAGCGUGCCGCGCUUCCCGGACGCCCGCGCCGAGGCCACGGUGUACCUGCGCGGCCCGCCCAACAUCACCAGCCACGGCGCGCAGCUGGGCGUGCAAGGGGACGGCGCCCGGCUCGAGUGCGUGGCGGCGUCCGUGCCGAGGCCCGACCGCGUGCUGUGGACGCACCGGGGCAGCGAGGUGGGCACGGACGACAAGGACUACACCGUGCUGGAGGAGCCGCUGCCCGGCGGCGUGCGGAGCACGCUGGUGAUCCGCGAGUCCCGGGAGCAGCACUUGGGCUCCUACAACUGCAGCGUCUCCAACCCGUACGGCAGCGCCGUCGCCGAGAUACAUCUCGAGGCUCGGAAAAAUUUUCCCUUACUGAUGAUUCUGACUGGAGUUAUUGGAGGUGUGGUCGUAAUCAUCGCCAUAGCAAUGGUCAUCAUCCUGUGUCAAAGAAGAGAAAAGAAACCACAAGGCGACUGCAGAGACGUGGAGAAGCAGUGCAAGGAGUCGGACCGCUCGUCCAACAUCUCGGAGCUGAAGAUGGAGCUGCGGACGGGCUCGUCGGUGAGCAACGUGCACUGCGAGCUAGAGUACGGGCCCGGGGACUCCGAGACGGGCAGCGAGAGCGUCGUGACCCGGGUGGGGGUGCCAGUCGCGCUCCCCGCCAACGGAGGGGAGCACCUGUACCCCCGCUACUCCGCGGAGUUCACCGACCCCACCUUCUCCCCGAACAAGGACGGACAGAACAACAACGGCUACGUCCCGUACGUGGACUACGCGCGGGACUACAACCCCCCUCCGCCCGUGGAGAGCCGCGAGGCGCCGGCGAUAGACCCGCGCUACUCGGCCGCGUACGGCAACCCCUACCUGCGCGGCGCCGGCGCGGCGCUGCCCGCCCCGCCCCCCUACUCCUCGUCGGCGGCACGCAACGGGGCGGCGCCCCAGGUGGCCCGGCUGCCCAGCUCGCCCACCCCCCAGUACAUCGUGCCCAGCUCGCAGCCGGCGCCCGUGCGCCGCGGCACGCUCGCCACGCACGUAUAAUACACAGCCUCCUCCGAGUAACCAGGGUGCAGCGCGCGGGGGUUGUGCCCAUCGAGUUCUCCGACACGGCGCAAUAGCUACUCUCGCUUCGCUACCAAACUUAAAUGUUUUGACGCGUUAGGUUUUUUUUUUUUUUUAACUAAAGAAAUGCGUUCUUUCACAUAUUUUCUGAAUAAUUUAGUAUCAGAACAACACCAAACAUUACAAAGAGUAUCGUACACUUUGCCAGCAUACGUGAGAGUUGUUGCAGAACCAGAGGCUUUUGUAAACUAAUAACAAAUCUUGAAAAUACUAUGGUGAACCCCAAAAAAAAAAAAGCUUUCGAGUUUUGAUUGCGUCAUGCUGUUUACAUAAUGUCGUACAUUUAUGAGUUGUGACAGACCCGCAUAUUACAUUAUUGUAUACGAAUUCAUGCAAGAGUUGAUUACCAUAGUUAUAAUAAUGGUGGUUCAUCCCAGAAAGCUGUGCUUCUCUCUCACUAAAUAACAAGUCACAUUUCUCUACAGGAAAUAAAUUUUAAAAUUUGUCAUUUUCUACAAAAACAUUUGUUCUCAAUAUUGGGAUAAAUUUUGCAUGUAAUUCAUAUUGUUUACUUUUAACCACUAAACUUGCCCAAGUCAGGUAAUGCUGGUGACUGUAACAAUAAUGCUGGCAAAUACUGUGCAGCUGGAUUCAUUACUUUUAACUUGGCAACUUAUAAUUUGUACGGUUUCUUAAAGUUUUUUUUUUUUUAAUCGGCAACGAAAUGAUGGUGAAAGGAUGAAUUCUCGAUGAUGCAACAUUCACUGCGACUGCACCAAAAACCAAAAAGCCUUGCCUUUUCACGAGUACAAUAGUCGUGUACUUGGUGUUUAGAAGUCUUCAGACUGUAUCCACAAGAUAAUAGCUGCAGAGGUUUCAAACUAUGAAUCAUCAGAGCUUCCAAGUUUAUUUACUUCUCGUAGGUGACAAGGCGUAUUGUUAAUGAUUAGAUACAUACCAAAGACUUUUUUCUUACAUAACAAAUUUUCUUCAUUACGUUAAAGGGAAAAAAUUAAUAAACAGUUUCAUUUUGAAUAAUGCCAGGCAAAAAUGCUGUUGCAUUUUCUUUCCAUGAAAGAUGGUAGCAAACAAGAAUGAACUUGGCUUUGCCAAGCUUCACAGACUUCCAAUGCUGUGUCCUGGAAUUUACGUAAAUGUUGCUUGGUGUUAUUCGACGAAAGAUCUCAGCCUGUGUCCUGCGCAAAGUGGAAUACACUGACGUGUCCUGCAACGAUGAAGCGUGUGCUCAUAACGAAACACUGCUCGACUUAAAACUAAGUUUUGUUUUAGAACAACGUAAAAUCAACGAUGUGUGUGCAUGAUGAUUGCUUGUAUACUUUCGUUGAUGUUAUUGAAUCUGUACUAGAUGGGCUUUGUCGCUCUCCUCUGCUCCAUGCUACCGAACUGGCACAACGUAGAGGACAUCUUGUCUGUGAUUACGACUUCUGCGUGUACUCGCUACGAACGAACCUAAACUUGUUUUCCAUUAAUGUUUUGUUUCACUUGGAGUUAAAAGUUGUUGUCAUGAAAACUGAUUUAAUGUUAGAAUAUGUUUCUGGAAAUUUAAAAAAUAUACAGGCCUAAUGACUCAAUUUUUUUUGGGGACAAUGUUUUCUUUACUGAAGUAAAUAAAAAGUGUUUUGAAUGUUUAAUACAAUGAAGUAAGGUCUGAUGUAACUAGUUGCCAAAUGGCUUUUAUCAACUUUAUACUCCAUGUCAAUUCAAUGCAAAAAGCACUGUUAUGUUCCGUGACAUGAGCAGCCAAGUGUUAAUAUCAUGUGAUAGUUGUUGAGUAUGAAGUUGGUAUUUUUAUACUGUAGUUGGUAGCCAAUGGACUGCCAGUCCUCUCCCGUCCCUUCAGCUGCUGAAAAUAGUCGUUAUCGGCAUUACUGUGGCGACUGCUGACUUGUGUGAAAAAGCGUGAUUGUACCACUAAUCGAUUUUGUGUUGGCUCGAUUUGCCUGUGUCCGAUGCCAACAUCUGCACAGCAGAACACGUGUCUACUGAAUGCGGAAUUAAAAAUUCAGGAAAGUAAGGAUAUGUUAAAAACUUAACAAUUUUAAUAAAUAACACUGGUACUGUCAAAUGCUCAAAAGUCAGGAUACCUAAAUUUUAAUUUCAUUUAAAGUAAUUUAAUAUUUGGAUAAGUUAUACCUUAUCAAUAGCGUACAGCUGUUAAAACUCACUGAAGCAAUACAAUCGUCAAUUUUCAGCAUUUAUUAGAGCAUCUCAGACAGCAUUUCUUUGUAGUCCAAAUGUGCAAAAAGAACAACCAGACUAAAUUUUUGAUGUUAGAAAUAUCAGCUCUAAUAACUUGGACUUGCUGAUUAUAAAGUUGUUACAGACUUAUCCCUAGGAGUAAACUGCAACGUGAAAAACCUAAUCGUAAAUUUUUCUGGGCACCGUAUUCCUGAAAUCAGCAAUUGCCAAUAUUUAGUGAGCUCAAGUUUGUAUUUUUCUAUCUAUGAUGUCCUGUUUUGAAUCUAUCAACACCAUGUUGUGUAUGUUUUGCAGUUGUGUAGAUACAUAGUUUCAAUUACUGGUAAAAAAAUAUGAAUUUUUUUUUGUUGGGGGGGGGGGGGGG